AUGGGACAGAACCAGAUGGGCGGCACAUACAAUGGCGUAAUCUGUGGAGCGUUUCUGCAGUUUUUGUUUUUGUUUACUAUUUCCUAUUUGGUUUUUCCCACUGUCAGUUUCUCUGUUGGCCCUGCCUCGUGUUUCUGUUGUUUUUCCCCUCUCUCCUCCCACUACUACUGCCAGCUGAUUGAGCGCACCUGGUUUUCAUUCCACCAUCACCUUCUCCCGCCGCACGCACCUGCCUCCCAUCUUCAAUCAAGAUCAGUAUUUCAAGCCCGGCUCAACAAACCAUCUUCGCUUGAUCGUUGCCGUCCAGUCACCCUGUCAUCAUCUCCAUCUCCGCCUGUCAUCUCCAGUCAGCUGGCUUCACCUCUCGGACCCCCUCCCACGGCACCCUGCUUCAACCUGCCUCAGUCUCCGUCCCCAACCAGCCUCUCCUCGCUUUCCCUGCUCUCCAGCCCCAGUGUCUCUCCCUCGGCUCCUCGGUUACGGCUCUCCCGCGCUCCCCCGCGCUCCCCUGAGUAUCCUCGCCCUCAAGUUUCUCCAUCCUCCCCUAGCUGCUUCCCUGUUCCUGGCGUCUGCCUCCCCACUCCCCUUUUCCCCUUAUUUUCAAUAAACCUUUUUGUGAGCUCUGCAUUUGAGUCUGUUCUGUUCCCAGCGUAACAGUA